AUGCGCUGGGAGAUUGAGUUGAACGCUCCGGCCUCGAUGGAGGAGUUCCUUAACCAAGCGGCCAAGUUUAUGAAGGUCGAAGAGGCACUCAGAUCCCAACUAGAGAUGAGUGGCAAGCGGAAGAGGAUAGAAGAAGAGUCGGGGAGCAGUAAGCAAUGCCGAAAAAGCAAGUCACCAAGGCGCAGUAGGUCUCCUCGGAACCGACGUAAAGCAGCCGGUCUUCGGGACGACGUUCACACCCCCCCGGUCCAUAAUAGGAAUUACACCGCGUUGAAUGCAAAAAGGGGGGAGAUAUUGAUGCAGAUAAAAAUGGCCGAGUAUGUCAGAUGGCCACCUCUGAUGAGAGGUGACCCUGCUAACAAGAAUCCCAACAUGUAUUGCCACUUUCGUCGGGACAUUGGCCAUGAUACAAAGAACUGCCUUAACCUCAAGGAUGAGGUGGAGAAGCUGAUCCGCCGAGGGUACCUGAAGCAGUUCAUUAAGAGGGAAGACAGAGGCUGA